AUGCCUCUCAUUCGCAUUGAAGUAUGCGACUUCAAGUCGUACAGAGGACAUCAAGUGAUUGGCCCUUUCCGUAACUUCACGUCGGUUAUUGGACCCAAUGGCGCGGGGAAGUCGAACCUCAUGGACGCGAUUUCCUUCGUCCUUGGCGUGAAGAGUCUUCAACUCCGAAGCAGCCAACUCAAAGAUCUCGUCUACAGAGGCAGGCGACUUGCUAGAAACCCUGACGGGGAGCUUGAGGGCGAUGUACAAGGCGGUGAUGACGAUGGUGAGGGGGAGGGAGAAGGAUCCGCCAAGAAAGCUUGGGUACUUGCAGCAUACGAGGAUGCUAGUAAAAAGGGAUGGACAUUUCAGAGAACCAUCUCUACGACUGGCGCGUCUGAAUACAAGCUCAAUGGCCAGGUCGUCACUUAUUCCGCAUAUAACGCCGCCCUUGUGUCGCAUAAUAUCCUUGUCAAGGCGAAGAACUUCCUGGUCUUUCAAGGAGAUGUGGAGGCUGUAGCGUCGCAGUCCCCCAAGGAGCUCACUAGGUUGAUUGAACAGAUCAGUGGCUCUUUGGAACUCGCGACCGAGUAUGAGAAGGCCAAAGAGGCACAAGACCGCGCGACUGAGAACGCUACCUUCAACUUCACAAAACGUAGGGGUAUCGCUGGGGAGAUCAAACAGUACAAGGAGCAGAAGACCGAGGCUGAGCGAUUCGAAGCGUUGUGCCAAGAACGCGACGACAUGGUUCUACAUCGAAUCCUUUUCAAGCUGUACCAUAUCCAACAGGCGCUUGAGGAGCAUGCACAGGCCAUAAAGACACAAAACGAAGCAUUGGUCAAUCUGCGUGAGGAACAACGUGAACACGACAAGGCUCUCAAUGAAGCACGAGCGGACCAGGCCCAAGCUCGUUCUGUCGUCUUGCAAAAAGAGAAGAAAAUCAAAAAAGCUGAGAAAGCGCUUGAAGCGAAGAAACCCGAUCUUGUUCAAGUUGAGGCGCAGAUCAAGCACUCAGAGCGAAGGCGAGACAAUGCACUGAAGGAAAGAGAGAAGGCGGAGCAGGCAGCGGAUAAGCAAAGGGAACAACUGAGGGUUCUGAGAGCUGACCUCGAGAAAGUCACGAAGGCUGCCGAUGAUGCUCAAGAGGCACAGAGGAGGGCGAGUCAGCGAAACCUUGCUCUUAGCCCAGAGAGCUUGGAGGAGUAUCGACGAUUGAAAGCCCAAGCCAGUAUCCUUGCUGUGGAAGAACGUCAAUCGUUGGAGACGCUUUCUCGCGAUGAGAAGACUGCGUCUCGUGCACUGGCACAGUUGAAGGACAAGAUCGAACAGCAGAUACAAAAGGCGGACAAGCUCAAACAGGACAAAGAGUUGCAGAGCCAGAAGCGAGCCGAGCUGGAGGCCAAGGUGGCCGAGCUGAGUGAGACUUUGGCGACGACAAGACAAGAGCUGAACAACCAGAACGAUGAACGUACGAGGAUUGUCAAGUUGGAGGCCGAGAUCAACGAGAAAUUGGUCGACGUGCAUAACAAGCUUCUUCAGGCUGGUGUGGACCAGAAGGAAACCGAGCGCGAAGCAAAGAUGAAGGAGACGCUUGCUAGCCUGCAGCGCAUCUUCCCAGGCGUACGAGGCAGAGUAAUUGACCUUUGCAAGCCAACGCAACGGAAGUACGAGACUGCGGUUUCCGUUGUGCUGGGCCGGAACAUCGACGCGAUCGUCGUUGACGAGGAAAAGACAGCAAUUGAUUGCAUUGAGUAUAUGCGCAAUCAGCGGGCAGGCCAAGCUACCUUUAUCCCUCUGGACACGAUCCAGGUUAAGCCAAUCAAUGACAAGUUCCGCUCUUUCGCAAAGGGCGUUCGGCUUGCUGUGGACGUCAUCCAGUAUGAACCUGCCGUUGAACGGGCAAUGCAUCACGCUUGUGGAAAUGCCCUGGUCUGUGACACGAUGGAAGUCGCGCGAUAUGUCUGUUACGAGAAGGGGCAGGAGGUCAAGGCGGUGACCUUGGAGGGGACCAUCAUUCACAAGAGUGGUUUGAUCACGGGUGGACGUAGCACUCACGGAACGAGUAGGAAGUGGGAGGAAAAGGAUGUCCAAGGUCUGCAGCGCGUUCGUGACAACUUGCUUGGCCAGUUGAGGGAUCUGAACAAGUCGAAGCCCCGUGGAAAGGCCGACGAUAACCUGAUCGCAGAAAUAACUCGCUUGGAGUCUGCCCUAACAAUUGCCAAGGACGACCUGGCUGCCUGCAAACUCCGACUUGAUGGGAUCAAGGAUGAACUCAGGCACGUCGAUAAAGAAAUCAAGCGCAUUAACCCUGAGUUGCACAAGGCUCAAUCAGCAUAUGACAAACUCAAAGAGCAGAUGGACGAACUGGCUUCCAUUGUGAACGCAGAGGAAGACGGCGUUUUCGCUGACUUCUGUGGGACCAUUGGCGUUGCCAACAUACGCGAGUUCGAAGAACGGCAAUUGAAGGUGAUUCGCGCCGAGAGCGAGGCCAGACUGCAAUUCGAUACGCAAAUUGCACGUCUCACACAUCAAUCCAAGUUCGUUGAGGAGCAAUUGCAGAUGACCGAAGAACGUCUCCAGACGAUCAUCGAUGUCGUUCAAACCGAGGAGGAAAACAUCACAAGGUAUUCGGAGAAUAAGGUGAACAUUGAGGAAGAGAUCAAGGCCGCGAACGAAGCCAUCACAACAUUGCAGAAGGAAACGAAAGAGCACGCCGAAGUAUUGGAAGAGAAGAGCAAAGUCGUCGAGAAAGUCAAAAAGACAACGAUGAAGGCUGCCAGACGUCUCGAUGAGGCCUUGAAAGAAAUUGCUAAUAGAAACGAUGAGAUUGAGAAGCUCGGCCUCGAGCGUUCGGCCACCUACCGGAAAUGUCGAUUGGACGAGGUUGGCUUGCCAUUGCUGGAGGGCAGUCUCAAGAACGUCCCCAUGGAAGAGAAUCUAAGACAAGAGUUUGCAAUGGAUGUCGAUGAAGAGGAAGAUGGGAUGCAGCACGUCAAGAGAAUUCCCGAUUAUGGCAUCGAGGUCGAUUUCGAGAGCCUUGACAAUGACGAACGAGAGGAUGGCUCUGCGGAAGCAUUAGCCGAAAUCGACACAUCCAUCGCUAAGCUGAAUGCUGAGAUUGAACAUAUGGCCCCUAACCUCAAGGCUAUGGAAAGACUUGACGACGUCGAGGCAAAACUAUUGGAGACCGAGAAGGAAGCUGACAAAGCUCGCAAGGAUUCGAAGAAUGCUCGCGAUCAUUUCAACGACGUGAAGCGUCGACGAUGUGAACUGUUCAACAAGGCUUACAACCAUAUUUCUGAGCAUAUCGACGAAGUGUACAAAGAUCUUACCAAGGGAAAGGCUGCUCCGAUGGGCGGUGUAGCGUACCUGAGCUUGGAAGAUAGCGAAGAACCAUACACUGCAGGUAUCAAGUAUCACGCCAUGCCUCCCAUGAAGCGCUUCAGAGACAUGGAACAACUAUCGGGAGGCGAGAAAACAAUCGCGGCUCUAGCGCUUCUCUUCGCUAUCCAUAGCUAUCAACCUUCACCGUUCUUCGUCCUCGACGAGGUGGAUGCAGCUUUGGACAACACGAAUGUUGCAAAGAUUGCCAAUUACAUCCGGUCUCAUGCUUCGGAUACCUUCCAAUUCAUCGUGAUCAGCUUGAAAGGUUCGCUCUAUGAACGAAGCAAUUCCCUGGUGGGAAUCUAUCGCGAUCAAGAUGUGAACAGUUCGCGCACUUUGACACUUGACUUGACACAGUACGACGAAUGA